GGAUCGGAUCAUUUGGUCGAGUGUAUCUGGCACGUGAUUGUAAAACUACAAAGUUUUAUUAUGCGCUUAAAAAAAUGUCAAUCCGUAAAGUGAUCUUAACGCGACAAAUAGAUCAUGUUUUUUCGGAGAAAAAAAUUUUGGCUUCACUUAGACAUCCUUUCAUUGUCAAAAUGUAUAGCUCAAAAUGUGAUGGACAAAAUUUGUAUAUUUUAUUUGAAUAUAUCUCUGGUGGUGAGCUAUUUUCGUAUUUACGAAAUGUUCAAAAAUUUCCUGUUGUAACCGCUCGAUUCUAUGCAUGCGAAGUGAUAUUAGCAUUGGAAUAUUUGCAUUCGAAAAAUAUCGUUUAUCGUGAUUUAAAACCGGAAAAUUUAAUGUUAACAGAGAUUGGCCAUUUGAAAUUAACCGAUUUUGGAUUUGCUAAAAUUGUCAACGAUAUGACUAAUACAUUAUGUGGUACACCGGAAUAUUUGGCACCAGAAGUGAUAGAUGGUAAUGGUUACAAUAAAGCUGUCGAUUGGUGGUCAUUGGGUAUUCUAAUUUAUGAGAUGCUUGCUGGACGACCACCAUUUGAGGGUGAUACAUUAAUGGAUAUCUAUGCAGAAAUUAUGACCAAUCGAAUAUAUUUCCCGGAAAAUAUAAAUUUUUUUACCAAAGAUUUAAUAAAGAAGCUACUUCAAUUAAAUCCUAUCAGAAGGUUUGGUAAUUUGGUAAAUGGUGUUGAUGAUAUCAAAAAUCACAAAUGGUUUAAUGAUAUAAUAUGGGAUGAUAUUAUCAAUAUGAAAAUAACACCACCAAUUAUUCCAAAAUUGAAAUCAACUGGUGAUACAAGCAAUUUUGAUGAUUACGAUGAAGAAAGUACUGAGGAACAAAUGAUACAUUUAAAUAAAAACUAA